CCCCUCCCCUCCCCCGCCUUUUCCGGAGAUCCCCGAAGCGGUUCCGGAGUUCCCGGAAGCGGCUCCCGAGCGGCGCCGGCGGAGCCCGAGGCCGUUCCGCCGCCCCCGAAACGGUUCCGAAGCGGGUCCGGAAAGUCCCAGGCGACUCCGGAGUUUGCCGAGAGAUUCCGAAGCCCUGCGGAGGUUCUCGAAGCGAUUCCAGAGACCCGCGAAGAGGCCCCGGAGAUCGCCCAGAGGUUCCGAAGCGGUCCCGGAGAAUCCCGAACCUCCUCCCCCCUUUCCGGAAGGUUCCGAGCGGCUCCGGACAUCGCUGAGACCGUUCCGCAAAGCCCCGAAACGGUUCCGAAGCGGUUCCGGAGAUCCCCGAGGCGGUUCCGGAAGUCGCCAAGCACCUCCGGAGCUUCCCGAAGCGCUUCCGGAAACUCCCGAAGUCGUACCGAAGCAAUUCCGGAGCUUCACGAAGAGAUCCCGGAAGUUGCCGAAGCGUUUCCGGAGAGUCCCGAGCGGCUCCGGAAGUUGCCGAGCGGCUCCGGAAGUUGCCGAGCCGGCUGGCCCUCAGCGUUCGCCCCCGGCCCCCGUCGCCCCCGGAGUCCCCGAACCGGAGCCGCCCCCGGCCCGGCCCCGCUCCCUCGGCCCCGGGGGGGGCCCGGACCCGCCCCGGCCCCGCCGCCCCGGCCCGGCAGGAUGAUCAAGCUGUUCUCGCUGAAGCAGCAGAAGAAGGAGGAGGAAUCGGCGGGCGGCACCAAGAGCUCCAGCAAAAAGGCCUCGGCCGCGCAGCUCCGCAUCCAGAAAGACAUCAACGAGCUGAACCUGCCCAAGACGUGUGAGAUCGAUUUCUCAGACCAGGACGAUCUCCUGCACUUCCGCCUGCUCAUCUGCCCCGACGAGGGUUUCUACAAGGGCGGCAAAUUCGUCUUCAGCUUCAAGGUGGGGCAGGGUUACCCUCACGACCCGCCCAAGGUGAAGUGUGAGACCAUGGUGUACCACCCCAACAUCGACCUGGAGGGCAACGUCUGCCUCAACAUCCUCAGGGAGGACUGGAAGCCGGUGCUGACCAUCAACUCCAUCAUCUACGGCCUGCAGUACCUGUUCCUGGAGCCCAACCCCGAGGACCCCCUGAACAAGGAGGCUGCGGAGGUGCUGCAGAGCAACCGGCGCCUGUUUGAGCAGAACGUGCAGCGCUCGCUGCGGGGCGGAUACGUGGGCGCCACCUACUUCGAACGCUGCCUGAAGUGACCCCAAAAUCGGCCCCGAGGAGGGAGAGAGACCCUGGAGAAACCCAAGAAAAGCGGAGAAAUAUCCCCCAAAAUGGCCCAAGAAAAGCUGGGAAAAAUCCUGGAAAAAUGCGAAUAAAAGCUGGGAAAAUAUUCCCAAAAA